UGAGAUCGGAAAUUCUUUCAGCUAUUCAAAUCUUUUUUCAAAUUUAUUCUAGCUAUUAUGAUCAUGCAAUAAUUGCAACUAGACGCAUUUAUAUGUCGCCGGGAGCCAAAGGGUUAAGGCGCUGAAUUAUUCUUUAUUUUGGUGUAGAAAAAUCGUAUCUCAUCAAAAUAAAUCGAAAGAAAAUAGAAGAAAUGGUGUUCAUCUUUACGCGCGAAUCUACUUUAAAAGUAGAGCCAAAGUAAUGAUGCUUACACACGAAUAAAAACUAUUUUUGUCUGAAUUUCCCUGUUUGAAAUUUUAUGCUACGUUAAAUUAGGAUUAUUCAACGACUUUUUAUAUGUAUAUAUAAAUAAACAUGUAUCUCUGACUUUGACAAGAGUUCGUACGUUUCAUGUUUCAUUUAACUUUUCAAUAAAACGUUGUGUUGGAAAAUCGCCGAUGAAAUUUUGUUGAAACAGUGAACGGUUCAUAACUGAGUCUAUCCAUUUAUUUAGGGGAAACGUCAAGCACGAUCGCAGACAGUAGAAGAAUAUCAUCAUUACUAUUAUGCUACCAAAGCAGCUAAUGAUACCGAAACAUCAGCUCAGAUGAUAGUUGAAUUUCGACUGCAUUUUUCUAUUGAUUGCCUUCAGCUGAUUUGUCAAACCGGCACAGUACAAACAGUAACAACUAAAACGUUAAUUGUCAUUCGAUUUGAAGAGGACCUAUUUAUAACCUUCUUCAGUUCAACAACAUCAAGCGACGGUAGUCGUGGUAAUACAACCCCAACAGUGCCAAACACAUCACCAACUGCAACUGUUAGAAAUCAGCCAGACCACCUGUCAUCGGUCUCGCGCAAAGCUGGAGGCGGUGGUAACGGUAAUGGUGAUCAAAACCCAACAUCAACUCUCAAUAAUGAGCCACACCAUCGGUUAUCGACCUCGCGUAAAGCUGGAGGCGGUGGUAAUGGUAAUGGUGAUCAAAAUCCAACAUCAACUCUCAGUAAUGAGCCACACCACCGGUUAUCGACCUCGCGUAAAGCUGGAGGCGGUGGUAAUGGUAAUGGUGAUCAAAAUCCAACAUCAACUCUCAAUAAUGAGCCACACCAUCUCUCAUCGACCUCGCGUAAAGCG